GUCACAUAACGUUACACGCGCUAAAAACUUGUUGCUCGUCAGUGUUUUCCACGCGUAUGUUUGUUUCAGCGCGUGCAUUUGUGUAAGUGUAUCAGUGUGUGUUUGUUUGUGUGUGUGUGUGAGAGAGAGUUUUUAUUUAAGAUCUGUGCAAAGUGAAGCGCGUGUGCAGGAUCUCAGUGAAAGUUUUGGAGACGCGUUGAGGAGCCCGCGUGUGCGUGCGUGCGUGCGUUUGUGUGUGUAUGACAGUGUGUGAGAGAACCUGAUGGAGACACAAUGGAGAAAUGUUGUAGGUGCUCCGCGUGGCUCUUGUGCAGGAUGAAGCUCGCGUGUGUGAUGUUGUGAUGAGUUUAGUCUUCAGUAGAGAUGAUGAUGAUGAUGAUGAUGAUACACUGGAGCGCACUUCUUCAAACCUUCUUCAUUGUGAUGUUACGAGCUAAAGAGUUCAGAGACUCAACCAACUGUGAUCUCAAUAGAAAACAAAGCGAGCUCAACUCUUUCCUGUGGACUAUAAAACGAGACCCCCCUUCUUAUUUUUAUGGCACUAUUCAUGUCCCGUACACCCGCGUGUGGGACCACAUCCCAGAAAACUCCAAAAAGGCGUUUCAGGAGAGCAACAUUGUGUACUUUGAGCUGGACCUGACGGACCCGUACACCAUAUCGGCACUGACCAGCUGCCAGCUGCUGCCGCAUGGGGAAAAUCUGCAAGACCUGCUGCCCAGAGAUAUUUACCGUCGUCUUAAGAGACACCUGGACUACGUCAAGUUGAUGAUGCAGUCCUGGAUCACGCCCGAUCAGAGAGGCAAAGGCCUGUACGCAGACUAUCUGUUCAACGCUAUAGCGGGAAACUGGGAGCGCAAGAGGCCGGUGUGGGUGAUGCUGAUGGUGAACUCUCUGACCGAGGCCGACAUUAAGACUCGUGGAGUUCCCGUGUUGGACCUUUAUCUCGCUCAGGAAGCAGAAAGGAUGAAAAAGAAAACCGGAGCUGUGGAGAAGGUUGAGGAACAGUGUCAUCCGCUGAACGGCCUGAACUUCUCUCAGGUGAUAUUUGCACUGAAUCAGACACUACUACAACAGGAAAGUCUUCGAGCUGGAAGUUUACAGUUACCGUACACGACCGAAGAUCUGAUCAAGCACUACAACUGUGGAGAUCUGAACUCCAUCGUGUUUAACCGCGACACGUCACAGGUUCCAAACUUCAACAAUGUUACUCUGCGAGCCAGUGAGCAGGUGACGGCUCAGGAGAUCGACAGUUACUUCAGACACGAGCUCAUCUAUAAACGUAAUGAGAGGAUGGGGAGACGCGUGAAAGCCCUGCUAGAGGAACAUCCAGACAAGAGCUUCUUCUUUGCAUUCGGAGCAGGUCAUUUUCUGGGGAACAACACAGUGAUCGAUGUUCUUCGCAGUCAAGGUUAUGAGGUUGAGCACACACCUGCUGGACUGCCACUGCACAGAAGGUCGAGCUGGCGAUCAGAAGAUCUCACAGAAGAAGAGUUAAACCUGGAGCCGUUCUUACACGAGACACAAGAUGAGCGUCUAGCGGACGAGCAAGACUCCGUCCCGCACCUCCUGAUUCCAGACAGUCUGGAGUUACUGGAGAAAGUGGAACGAAAGCUGAAGAAGAAACGACGUAACAAACAGAAGAAAGUCCCCAACCAUCGGCAGUUCAAUGAUCUCUGGGUGCGCAUGGAGGACAGCAUGACUGCCGAGACUCCACCCCCUCUUCUCCGCAUCAUCAACGGUUACAUCACAGUCAAGACACACCCACAAGUUCACAGCAGACACAAUCACAACAGGACAUUCUCAUGCUCCGCCUCCUCACGGACAAGCACUGCUUUAGUUUUAUCUGUUCAGAUGAUCAGACUUCUUAUUUUUAUACUUCACCUCUGAUGAACUCUGACCUUUGGUCACAUGAUCAACGGCAUCUUUUCCUUGUUUUCAUGUAAAUAUCAGAUGUAUCAUAGAUGCUAUUUAGAGGUUUUCUCUUUACUUAUAAGAGCCAUUAUAUUUUUGUGACAAAAGCAGGUACUAACCAGUGUUCAAUACUUUGGGUUUCGUGUAUAAAGAAAUGGGGUUUGCCUUUUUUGGUAAAAAUUCUUUUCUCAAACUUUAUGAUUUUUUAAAUGUGUAAAGAGUUUUUUUGUGAAUGAUAUAGAGAUUAUUCAUUUAAUUUAUUGAAUAGAUCAGUGUGUUUUGGCAGAGCAUUAUGG